AAUGAUGACGUUUCAGGGUGUCUGUUCGAACUUUCCGGAGGCUGGAUCGCUCAAUCUCGUUGGCAGCGCAGUGGUGGCUAUGGGUUCCCAACAGUGAAGCCAUAUACACCUGAGGAUGUCGUCGAAAAAUGGAAAGAGAUUACGACCUUUGGUAAGCGUGAUCAAGUAGAGAUUUGA